GGCUGGACCUUCCGGGAUUGGAGUGAAUGGGGUGUCGGUUUGACAGGGUAUACCCCGGCAUCCUGGCUGAGUUCGUUGAUGAGCUUGGGCCUCCCCCGAAUGGAACUUCGUUAAGACGAAGCUCAUAGUGGGAGGAGGCGAGUCGCGCGGCUUCUGAUUGGAGACCCGCGCCGUAGGAGUCUUUCCACAGAGAUCCAAUUUAGGCGAUCUGGUGGGAGGGAGGGCUGUCAGUAUGUGGAGUAGUUCUUCUGGAGCCCUUGUUUGGCGGGGCGAGGAUCACCGAGGAAUCUAGCGGAAACGGGACCUCCCAGGACCGGGAUCCCAGCGGAUCCCUGAGAACCCCGGGGAGGCUUCUACAGGGACAAAGGUCCCAGAAGGCUCGAGCCGUGGGAGAGCUGUGACCUCCGCAAUCCAGUCUAGGCCGGAGCCUGGGAUCCCCCAGGGACUCCCUGGAACCACCGCUUUCCCCAUGGACUUCCCUGGGGACUCCAGCUCUUCUAGACAGUCAAACCUGUGCCGCCAGCCCCUAGCUCGAGCAUUAUGGGAAGCCAGGAGCCCGAAAAGACCGAGGCUGCAGUACUUGGGGACUCCUUCGCCCCUGGAAAAGGCCUCUCGGAGGGUCCUGGCCGUGGUGCUGGAAGAUGUCAUGGCUACAAACAGGGUCCCCCUGGCAUACCAAGAGGACACCUCCAGCCGGAUGCAUCACAACAAUCAUGCAGAUUCUGUCUGCAGACAGUCACCAGCUUUACCACCCCAGCAGGUCAAGUGGCCCUUACAAGCCAGGCCUCCUGACCCACUGCAUUUGUGCCGAGAACCCUUAAGCCGUAUCCACCAGUCUUCUCCCACCUUGAGGAUAAGCUCAAGGACAGCCUCUGGCCCAGAAGAGAGCCCUUCACAGAAGGUGGACCAGGUCACCCAUCCCACCCUAGUGGUGGUACUGGAAGACAUCGCCAACUCCAGACAACCAGUUGAGGGUUUGGCUGAAGAUGGGCCCAGCUUCACUGUCCCAGCACAAAGCUCCUUCAGAAGUCUUACAGGCCAGGGGAAACACUGGUCUAGGAGGGACCUGGACUUGGAAGCACCCCCAACUCUUACUUUGUCCCCUCACCCCAGAGCUGAGCCUAUGACAAAAAUUCAUCAGCCAAUGCCUGCACCCAGAGAACCAGACCCUCCAUUCCAGCCGUCCACUCUGCCUGCAGACCCUCCAGAGAGCCCACUACCGGCCCCAGAUCCUGCUCUGGAGGCCCCAUUGACCCCACCACCGUCCAGCCUUUUACGCCCCCGUCUCAGUCCCUGGGGCUUGGCCCCUCUCUUCCGUUCCGUCCGAUCCAAGCUUGAGAGCUUCGCUGACAUCUUCCUCACGCCUAACAAAGCACCACAGCCUCCACCCCCAUCACCUCCCAUGAAAUUGGAGUUGAAGAUUGCUAUCUCAGAGGCUGAGCAGUCCAGGGCUACUGAGAGAAUUGCAUCUGUCAGCCCCCGGCCCCCUAUCCGUCAGUGGCGGACUCAGGACAGUUCCCCACCACCUGCCCCUAAAUUAUCUCUGGGCCGAAGCUACUCCUGCCCUGAUCUGGGGCCCCCUGGCCCAGGUACCUGUACCUGGCCUCCUGUUCCAUCCCAGCCAAGCCAGUCCAGGCCCCGGAGACAUACUGUGGGUUGUGGGGAGAUGACCCGGACCCCGCCGCCUCCUCGGCCCUGUCUCCGGAAAGAGGUCUUCCCUCUUGGAGGAGUGGGAGUCUCACCUUCUCUCACUACAUCUUCCUCAUCCACUGCAUCCACUUCCUUCUUCUGCGAACCAGCAGAACCCAGACUGGGUUCAACCAAGGGGAAGGAGUUAAAAGCCUCAAAGGACAAGGUGCUUCCUGACCCAGAGACCAAGACCACGGGAAAGGUUUCUGGAUUCAGAAUACGGAGGACGCCUGUCCGACUACAACCAAACCUUACACCAAUGGGUUUGCCUCGACCAGUCAGAUUGAACAAGAAGGAGUUCACUUUGGAAGAAAUUUAUACCAAUAAGAAUUACCAAUCACCAACAGCCAGAAGGACCUUUGAGACCAUCUUCGAGGAGCCUCGGGAGCGCAAUGGGACUCUGAUUUUUACCAGUUCUAGGAAACUCCGACGGGCUGUAGAAUUUCGGGACAGUAGCCUUCCUCGAUCCCGUCGACCAUCACGAGGGGCCCGCACUGCAGCUGGCAGGACCCUUACUCCUAACCUGGCACCCAGCCAGGACGUGGGACGUCUGCUGCAAGAACGGCUGAAGGAGCUAGAUGCCUUGCUCCUAGAGGAGGAGAGAGACUGAGAACAGCCCUGUAAGCUCUAGGAGCUCUCACUAUUUGUCCAUCCGUCCAUCAGGGAGGGGGGAAUCUCUGGGUCAAUUGUAUUUUUUUCUCUAUAUUUCUAUAAAGUUUUCAAUAUGUUUCUGA